UCCCAGUCCCCUCCCCUCCGCUCAGCAAAGCUGGGGGAGCUGAGCCAGUGCUUCUCUCUUUCUGUGUCUCAUUCACAAGAUGGCGGAGGCUGCAAACUGCAUCAUGGAGGUGAGGGGAGUGAGGGAGGGCGGGUGGAGGGGAGAAAGAAAGGCGGCGGCGGGGGGGAAAGACCUAGUGGCAGCCCCAGCCCCCCUCUAGUACCCCAUACCCACUUGCUCCCUGGGGGCGGGUGGAGUUGCUCACCUGAGACCCCUUUCAGCCCCCUGCCAUUGAGCCCCCCCACUCUCUUGAAAGGCCCCGCGGUGCCUCGCUGACCCGGCCCCCCAAGCGCCUCAGCCCCACAUCUCCCCCUUCCCUUCCGCCUCUGCUCGUGGAAUUCUGCCCUUCCUCACCUCUGGGAGCCUUUUGGUGCCCUAGAGAAGAAGCCCAUCGCCCCCCUUUCCUCCUCCUGUGCUCAUUUGGGGGGGGCUCUCCCCAUGGUUUUAUUCACCACUCACACCCGCGUUAGUGAGUAUCAGUCUGAAGGUGGGGUGGAAAUGAAGAUUCAGUUGUGCGCCCCCCCCCCCCUGAAAUAUGAAUAAUAUUGAACAAUAUCUCCCGUUUGGUUUUCCCUUCCUUUUCGCUCUGCAUCCGUCUUCUUCCAUCCCACUUUCCACACCAUAAAGUUAUGGGUUCCCCCCCCCCCACGCUUCCCUCCCCGUUGAACAUGCCUGCGCUCCUCAUGGUAGCCGCAUGGCACGCCUUGCCCCAUAGGACCCCGCCUCCUUUGGCCGGGGGGGGGGGAGGCCCGUGGAGCUCCGCCCCCCGCCAGCCUCCCGCGAUGUAUGUAGAAGAAGCCUCGUCCCUUGGAAAGUCCUCUUUGCAACACCCCCCGGCACCGCCAAUAAAAAAAAACCCAUUGUUUUGGUCGGUCCCGCCGGCGGGCUGCCUCCCUCCCAGAUGCUCCUUGGCCCCCUUGGGUCGCUCUUCCCAGUUUUUCCCACCUCCCCGACCACCGCACUCCCCCCCCCCGUAACACUUCUCUCUCCGCCCCGCUCUCCGGCCAUUCGUUGCUGUAACUGAGCUCUUUGUCCAAGGAGAAUCCGGCCCAUUAAACUUCCAGCCCCCUUGGGAUUCUUCUUAGCCCCGCAGGCGAUUGACUUGCUCUUGUAAUGCAAUAUUCCCGCAUCGUGGACCGCUGGGGUCUGCGAGCUCGUGUUAAACCCCACCGUGGACCAAAAAAGAACCCCCACAUUGACUCUCAUCUAACAAUGGUCCCCUUUUCCUAACUGAGCAGGCCACUGCUGCUUAAUCAAAUCCAGUUAUUCCAGAAGGAAAAAGCACCCUCCCCCCCAAAAAAAAACACCCGAAGAAAUUUGCUAAACGGUCUUCCUUCCCAAACCUAGUCCCAAGCACUACCCCCAGUCUCCAACCUAUCUGGGGUAGCGGCAUGCUCAGCCUGUCUGUUGCUUCCUGAUUCCCCCGCCCCCAAUCUUUCCUAGUUUUCACUUAAGCACUGGAUCCAAACUCCCAAGUGGCUUGUUCCCUGACAAUUAAGGGGGCUGUUGUUGAUGGAGGGUUUGUCUGUGUCCUGGGAGGACACCCCUGUCAUAUAUGGGUUACGUGUGGGUCUGUGACGCUGCAAGCAUCUUCAGUGAAAUUUGAUUUUAGGAAGAGAGCGCUUAUUGUGCUUUGCUUUGUUCAAGGAGGUGCCAAUAAAAGAGGAGGAGUUGGAGGGAGUUUGGUAAUACUGGGAAAUCCAGGGGUGGGUUGGGGGGCUUCUUAUGGGUUGAAAAGGUGGUCAGGGAAAGCUCUUGGAACUUAGAUAGGGCUAUGGUGAGCCCGGGGGCCUUGCAUGUGGAGCUUCAUUGGGGAGGAAAAUAAUAGGGGAAGUUUGGACAACAACCCAUAGGCUUGAGAGGAUGGGGUUAAGCUUGGAAGGAUGGUGCUGUGGUGAGGGAAAGAAUGAAAGUCAGAUUGGAAGUGAAAGGGGGUUGUACAGUGUUGGAAGAGGAAGCUGUAUGUGACUGGAAGUGGGGGAGAAUAUGUGCCUGCCUUAGCAGAGAGGGGUUUCCUCAGACAGGAAAUUAGUGUGUCUCCCGCCUAUUUCACCAUGCGGUGAUCCUUUGAACAAAGGAGCACCCAGUGUUGGGACAGUGGAGAACUCCCCACACAACUCCCUGCCAUGUGUCCUUAUUAAAAAGGGAUCAAGGCCUUACGUAGUUUGGAUAAGGAAGGAGAGCCCACUGCCCUCACUAAGAGACAAGGAGGCAGUUUGCCUUUCGAUUUGCAUAGGUCGGGUGCCCUUAAAAGCGGCCCCUCAAUCACAUCCCAAAACAGUUGCCACAUUCAUUCAAAGUUUUUCGCUGAACAUAACAAAGCUUCCUGAGUCAGACCACCAGUCCGUCUAGGUCAGUAUUGUCUACACUGGCUGGCAGCAGUUCUUCAGGGUUUCAGGCUGGGACUCUUUCCCAGUCCUUGGAGAUGCUGGGGAUUGAACCUUGGGUGUUCUGCAUACGAGGCAGAUGCUCUCAGUGAGCUACAGCCCUUUCCACUGGUGCCUGUGCUUCUGAGCCAGUGAGAAGCAAUAUAGUCUGGCACAGGGCAACUAGCACCAGACUAGAGCAGAAGCUCCUGCAAAUGAUUCUCUUGGGUUGGGUUGGCAGCUUGCAGUGUAGAUCCUAUGCAUUUGUGGGCUUUGAAAAUAAUGGACAUAUCUGCAAUGACUAUUGAGAGUAGUGAAACCGAAUGGCGGGGGUGUUAAGCGGAAUGGUCCUGAACAGGAGUGCUGAAUGACAAGUGGCGGUCAUGGAUAUUCCCCCCACCCCAACAUCUUAAAAGAGCCCAUGCAAACAGUAUGCCAUUCCUUUUUCAUCUCCAUACAUGGCCAUUUCUAGCCAUGUCUAUGCAUCUUUGCCUAUUAGUCCCUUGUGGAGAUGUUGUCCAAAAACAUCUGGAUCUCAUACCUGGCCCUUCAUCAAGGGGAGCGGAGCAGGGAGAGUAGGAGGCAGAGGCGGAGCUAUUGUUGAAUUUUCUGGGACGGGUGUGUUAACAGAGCAGCUUGGCAGGGCCCUUAAUAGCUUGGCAUAGCAACCUCAUUGGUAUUUCAGAUGGGUUUUGUUUUCUAUUUACGGCAUGAGAUUGUGGUAAUCCUGUAAGAGGGCUUUUUUGGACCAGUAGCGACCUUGUUCCAUGUGCUGCGGUUAUCAUAGUGGCUGAUAAUAGAGUGCAUGCAUUAUUUGGAAGGUGGGGUGCCUGUCAUUCUUCACACCAUAAGAGAACCCCUACUGAGGACAACCUUCCCCUUCCUUGCAUCUGUCUGCCUCUGUUGCCAUGGCGAUCUUGAGACCAGUACCUGGCUCCGGAAGGAGACCCAGUCUUAUUAGCCACCUGUGGCAAACUUAGCAGGAGAUUCCUUUGACACACACCCCUGCCACCCUCACAGUCUGGUUUUUGUGUCCUCAACCACCUUUUUGCCACCUCUUCUGACCCCCCCUCCCCACCCCCAUCGUCAAUUAGACCCAGUCUCCGGCUCAGUUCCCGUUGAGCUUUGAAUUGACCUUAUUUCCCUUGUUACUCUCUCUCUCCUAGAAUUUUGUAACCACGCUGGCUAAUGGGAUGAGCCUGCAGACACCGCUAGAAGAUGUAAAUAUCCUUUGAGUUCACGAGGGCUAGACUAGUGCCCAGCCCUGGGUGUGGGUGAGGCACGCUAGCCCUGGCAAAAGAAAAUCUAUUUUCCUUGCUAUGUCGCCAGCUUGGCGGUGCAUCACCCAGUCACCCCCUUCUCUACCUUGCACUUGUCCUCUGCUAAAAAAAAUGCCUCUGUAGUUGCUCCCAUGCUUUUAAGAGGCGUAGAAGUAUUGCCCUUCUUCAGAGCUGCUAGGAAUAACCCAUCUCAUUUCCCAUGAGUUGUAGAUGUAGCCACAUUCUGCCUCCCCCCCUCUCUCCUGCCCACUUGCCACCCCCCCCUUUCUGCAGAAUUGGUUUUUAAUCCCUACCAUUCUGGCUUGCUUGUGUACAUCAUUUGGACCACAUCAUUAAUAUUUGCUGGUGAUUUUGACUUGUUUUACGGUACCCACUCAGUCCAGAAAGCUAAGUGGCACAGGAGAGAAAAGAGUGGGGGCCCUUGACCAUACAUGUUUUGUGGUAUGGAUGUUACUAAUCCACACUGAGGCUAUGGAGCCAGGUCACAGUUGUUCUAUUUCAGACGGUUAAAUCUGCUGAUAAUGCGAUCUCGCGUAGUCUGGAGCCUGCUCUACUUUUCAUCCAAAUAUUUUAUAUAUGGCUGCAAAUGAAAGAAAACGGGUAGUUUGGUAUACAAAAACCCAUUUUAUUUUAUAUAUGGCUGCAAAUGAAAGAAAAUGGGUAGUUUGGUAUACAAAAACCCGGGUUUCUGCUUUUCAGAGAGAAAACAAAAAUGGAGAUUGUGAGGGGGCGUUCAGGUUGAAGGUUCAGGAACCUCUUUGUGGGGAGGGGGAGUGAGAAAAAAGAGGAUUUCAUUGCUGGCCAGAGAGAUGGAACAGCUGUGCUCAGCCUGGCUGCUUGUCUUUGCCUGUGGCUCCUUCUUCCAAUGCGCUAAACACCCAUUGUCCCUCUAGUGUUUUCCGAGCCUUUCUUCCCGAUACACACUUUCCCAAUUCUAAUACAAUGCCAUCCCAAAAUCAGGUCAAAUAAAUUCUGCAGAUUAUUUUUGGGUUGGCACUGGGGGUGGAGGAUGGGAAGGAGUUCAUACUACAAAUUCCCCACCCACCCUCCAUUCUUUCUUUUUCCUUUUUUUAAAAUCCAAACUGUAAGGAGGCUGGUUCAUUUCCAACAGGCAUGCAAUGUAUGUUGAGCAUGGAGAUAGGUGGGGCAGGGCUGCAUAUGGACCCAUGUGGCUCUGGGUUAUGGGUGAAGGAGCUGGUUGCAUUUGGGAGUCUUGACUCACUGUUUCCUUAACUUUUGUUGCAGCUCCUCACUCCUGGGGGCAGGUGGGGGGUAGAGCAGCUCAGGAGGUAGGCCUACACUGGGGCAGCCUGCCACCCUUCCCCUGGGUUGGGGUGAAAAUAUUGGCCCUAGAGUGGAAGGGGGGGGUGGAAUCUGGGUCCAUAGGUAUUGUGGAGCUAAGAAGACUGAAGUAGAGAGUCUUGCUGGAUUUCUCCCAGACUUUUUCCAGUCACAAAAGUGGAAUUGGUGUGCUGUGGUUGACCCAAAGGGGGGAGAACCCAAUGGUUUGUCACUGAGACACACACAAACCUGACACUUAAGUGCUUUCCAUCCCUGCACAGAGCUAACUCCUAAAAAUCCAAACAACAGGAUAUUGGGGCACCAUAAAACAAAAACAGGUGUAUUGCAGGCAGAAGCUUUUGUGAACUGCCGCCCACUUUUGGUGCACUUGACAUGGCCUCUAGUCCACAGGAUUGCGUGCCACAAUAACAUUUGCUGCCCUCUGGAUAUGGUUGGUCUCCCAUCAGCUCUACCCCAUAGGGCCAGUGGUUGAGAGCUGGGAGUCCGCAUUCAUCCAAAGGGCCAGAGUUUUCCCACCCGUGUUUUAGCAGAUGGAAUGGGAGCUGCAAGUGAGUUGCUAAAUUUAAGGUGGCUUACACCAAUUUUAUUUUGACUUAAUUUUUAAAGGAAUAUUGGGGGUUGGGAGUCAAGGAGAAAGAGUGAGCCAGGUAUAGAAGAGGCCAUGGGGGCAGAUUUGCAAGAGGAAGCUUCCUUAUUCCAAAUCAGGCCAUUAAUCCUUCUAGCUAGGAACUCUCAAAGCUAACAAAUGACGACUCUCCAGGAUUUCGCAGCGAGGUCUUUUUUCCACCCCAGCCCAACCUAGAGAUGCUGGGGAUUGAACCUUUUUUGUGUAAAGCAUGUGCUGGACCACGGAACUGCAGCUUGUCCUCAUUCAGGCAGGAAUGAGAGAAACUUCCACCUGCCCUAUAUUUUAUCUGUUCAGGAGGUUUAUAUCCCACCUUUCAAUCCCAGUAAUCCUCAAGGUGGCUUGCAACAGAUUGUCUGGGGAAUUUCAAACACCGGUCCACAGCAUCUGCAGGCAGAACUGGGAGAGACUUCUUGUUUGAAACCUUGGAGAGCUGUUGGCAGUCACUGCAGAUGAUAUUGGGAAAGAUGGACCAAUGGCCUGACUGUAGAAGGCAGCUUCCUAUGUUCUCCACCCGCCCCGCAACCAAGCCUCUGUUCUUUGCUCCAUGGGGGAAACUUCCUAGCAUGUCACAGCAGUCUAGCUAUGGGACUUUGGAGGAAUAAAUCCGAUGGGGGAUUCCAGCAUUUACUUCCGCAGACUGUUUUGGAGCAGGUUCAAACACCCCCACCCCCUGCUGAGUGACAUGCUUGGAAAUGCAACUUGUGAAUGAUUUGAGGCCACACCUCGUGCAGUCCUAUGUUCCGAUCUUCUCCUGCCCCCAGUUUUGAGCAGGAGACCUCAAUCAUAUGGAGCCUAGAGAAGUGAAAGUUAGGACUGGAACCUUGAAAUCUGGUGGUUGUAGCAGCGGUGCAAAAGUGGUCCCCUGCUUUCUCACCUCACGAUGCCUAAUGGGGGCAGGGGAUGCAAAUGUGGUUUUUAAAAAAGCUAGAAUUCUAAUUGACGCAGCGGGAACAUAAACAUCCCUUUGUCCUAAUAAUAGCUUAUAAUGGAUUCUGUUUUUAAAUGAAGCAGUCUACUUAAAAGGAUCAUGAAAUAUUUUAAGUUUUUCCUCAGAGGUUGUCAAUUAAAAGCCAAAACCACAGAAAGUGCAUCAGUGCAUCUUUUUUUUAAAAAUAUGAAUGCAAUCAAAGUUAACCAGUCCCAGCAUAAUCUGAGCUAAAUGAGCUCUUUAUCCAAGAAUAGGCUUUGGUAAUCUCUCAAGACAGGGCUAAUCCACUGCAAGCACACACGCAAAAUAGACCUAUGUGAUCUUGAUACGGGCCGGGAAGUAGUUUUGUAAAUCAGCCCCCAAAUGCAAAUAAUUCUGGUAUGCUUUAGGGUUGAUAUUUGGCCCCAUUCUAAAGCCUGUCAGCAACACUGAGAACCCAAGACACAUGGAAGUGUGAGGGUGUGCUACAUAUGGAAAUAAGAUAAUUAAGCUUUCAUUACCCUAAUGACUUAAUGUUGAGGUGGAGCUGGAAAGGAGAGCCAUGUAAUUUCCAUUGCAGGCAGAAUGACGGGUUGUAAGUCAGAACUUCACUUUGAGAGCCGCUAUUAGCAUUUAGUUUUACAUGGGGCUACUAUCCCAAUAGGAGUAUUGCAGUGCCAUCAAUGUACACAAUAGGUUUUCCAUAUUUUCCUAAGCAAAACCGAGAUACCUAAAACACCCUUGAUCCCUUCCUGAAGGAGCUUAUCUACAUCCUAGUAAUUGGGGUGGUAACAGAAGAGCAAAAGGUUAGGUUUGAGGUUUAGUCUCUGAAUUGUGUCAGAAUUUCUGGUGGUUGGUGGAUGGGCAUGAGACUGCCUAAGGAGCUGCUGUCCUCUACAUUAGAGCCCUGUCUUAUAUAUUUGUUGGGUAUUUGUGGUUCGUUUCAGUAAAAUACUGUAUCAGGAUUUAGACCCUGCACGGAUACGAAGUUGACUCCCCGUCGUUGGCGUAGCAUAGGAUAUGCACCCUAAUUCAACAAUUGAAUAAAGAGAUCAAUUCCCUGCUGCUGCUAACCUCCAGCUAGGCGGUUUCAACUACAGUGUCCCCAAUAGCCUUCUUGGCAGGGUCAGAUUGGUGCUGGGGUUACCAGUUGCUGACCCUACAGAUUGCAAAUUCAGGCUUAUAAAAAUCAGUUAUAGUAAGUGUGUCUGCAAGUAAGUUGUUAAGUGCUAGUUUCUCUCUCUCCCCCCCCCUUGCUUUUUAAUAUACAAAUGAUUAGCACAUGUGGGCUGGUGGUACUCAUGGGUUUGGAGUGAGAGAUUACUUCUGAAGACUAUAUCACCUGGCUCUUAGAAUAAAGAAACUGUUGCAUAAUUGGAAUAUAUAGCUUAUGGGGAAGAGAGGAAAACCAGUCGCAGAUAUUUCCAAAAGGCUCUGUUGGUCCCUUGGGGGAAAAAACCCCCAAUGUAUUCAUCCUUCAAAAACGGGAUUACUUUUGCAGAUGUGAUGAUCAGAAACAAUUGACACUAUAAAGCAGUUGGUUUAUCAAUACUGCUACCAAAGGCAGUCACCCAACUGAAGAAAUUUUAAUUGUGCGAUUGGUUAAAUUGGCAUACGUGUGCAAAUGAAUUAAAGGAAUAGUCUCAAAGAAAAAAAGGCAUAUUUCUUUUCAGCUCAUUCAUGCAUGUUUGUUGCCUCUUGUGAGAUGAUGCUGGCUGCAUUCCUCCUCCUACAUAUAGACUGUAAUGCCUGUUAAGACAGCACUUGCCAGUCUGAAUUUUUAUAAGUAGUUGUACUGACUUUUUAAAGAAAAAACUGUCCAAUACUGUCGGGGUCAUCUUUACAGUAAAAUGUUUUGAAAUUAUCCAACCAGUUAAUUGAUCCAGUGAGUUAAUUAACUAUAAACAUUGUAACCCAGCCCAAAAUAAUCAGGGGCACCUUUAUUGUAAAAUGUUUUGAAUUUAUCCAACCUGUUAAUUAACUAUAAACAUUGCAACCCUGCUGCCAGCUGAAGAAUCUUAAGACAAAAAGAAUGAAAGCUGAUGGGAGUGACUCUGAUGAAGAGGUUGGGGUGGGGGGACAGGGACUUGUUAUAUUGAGAAAUCCUGCCUGCAUGGGCCUGUUUCGCCUUAACUGCCUCUUGUCUUUCACCAGGUCUCGUGCACCCAGCCAGAAAGCAGCGGCAAGCCAACGGCAGAGGAGAUGACCUCCAAGGAUUACUAUUUUGAUUCUUACGCCCACUUCGGGAUCCACGAGGUGACAGAGAGUUGGCUGGGGCAUGGGUUACAAAGCACCUCCUUGGCGCAGGGACCCAUUCUUUCCUGUCCAAGGGGUGCGUUUGUGUAGCUGGAUUUUGUGAAAGUUGACUGAUGUGCCUUCCUGCCCUUUCUCCCUGCCCCCAGGAAAUGCUGAAAGAUGAGGUGCGCACGCUGACCUACAGAAAUUCCAUGUUUCACAACCGGCACCUCUUCAAAGACAAAGUGGUCCUAGAUGUUGGCAGCGGGACCGGAAUCCUCUGCAUGUUUGCAGCCAAGGCUGGUGCCAAGCGGGUCAUUGGGGUGAGUGAAGUGGCCAAAGGCUGGUUGGUCCCUUUGUUUUCAUGAGGGGUGGUAAGCAUAAAAACACAAGCACUGGUAGGUUCUAUAUAAUCUGUUGUGGUGCUAUGUGGAGUGAGCAUACGGGUCUGGAAUUUAGUAGGGAAGGAACUAUAUUCUCCAGCCACAAAACCAAAUUCUGUUGUGGAAACCAGUCAUGCCUAUUAAGAGUGUGUUUGUGUUGCCAGCCUGACUCUCUGUUCCUUUCAGAAUUUGGGAAUGUGGGACAAGGUAGCUGGACCUCGGGAGAAAGCUGAGAUUGGAGGAGAGAUUGGACAUUGCUGCCCUUUUGUUUGCUAUGUCUUGCUGCACAGCCCAUGAGGACUAGAAACAUUAUUUACCUCUUUAGUUUGCAGUAAACCUGGCCCCAAAGAGUGUUGAGGUCGUGAUGAACUGAACUGAAACAACAUUUAGUGGAGGGUGGAGGGCAUGAAUAAGAUUCUUUCCUGGGUGAGCAAGGCAAGAAGGGAGAAGUAUUUUUAUUUUUUGUGUGCUGUACGAACAUAUGUGAAUAUCCUUUCUCUCCUUUUGGUACUACCCUCUUAACAGAUUGAAUGCUCCAGUAUCUCUGACUAUGCUGUCAAAAUUGUCAAAGCCAACAAACUCGAUCAUGGUGAGCUAAUUUUGUUUUACAUUCUCCCUUGCCCUUUAAACAUCUGCAAUAUCGUGCACCUAUAUCAAACCUGUUUGCUGCUGCCUGUCUCUUCCUUCCUUCAAAUCAAUUGUUAACCUCCAUCAUCUUUUAGUCCUUCUCCCCGACUAAAACUAAGCAUGAAUACAAGGAACUGAAUUUUAACGCACACCCUUUCCCCCUGCCUUACUUUGCUUCUACCUUCCUCAUCUGUGCUGAAUGCUAGGCUGAAAGCUCCAUCGGGCAGAGAUCCGUUGCUGUUGUAACUCUCCCAGGCACUUUGUGUGUUAAUUCUUUGCUUGGGGAGCGUCAUGUUUUUGCAAGAGCCCCCAUCUAACAUCUAUUGACUAACAGCUGUUAAUAUGAGGAAAUCCCAUUGCUGCAGCUGGCUUGCACCUCCUUCCAGUGCAGCCCUUACAUUCUUGUUAUGUUUCUCUGGUGAAGUGGUGUCCAUCAUCAAGGGCAAAGUGGAAGAGGUGGAGCUGCCUGUGGAGAAGGUGGACAUCAUCAUCAGUGAGUGGAUGGGCUACUGCCUCUUCUACGAGUCCAUGCUCAACACUGUCAUCUACGCCCGGGACAAGUGGCUGGUGAGUCUCUGACCUGCCCUGUUGCUGUGUCUGCAAUUCCUGGGUCCAUACUCACACUUUCAAAUCUCCUGAUGUGCUGAUAACUGAGUGCACCAGCCGCUUCCCCCCAUCAACCUUAGACACGUAGGGGCAGAACGGUUUCUGUUGCUCUCUUGGCUGAAAGAGCAGUUGACAUAAUCAGCUCCUCCAACCUGUUGCCCACCAAAUGUUUUGGAGGUUGUGGUCCAAAACAUGUGGAGGGUGCAAAUUUGGGGUGGCUGCUUAUUAAUAUCCCAGGUUCACAAAUCUGAUCAGCUGGACAAACACCAGUAACCAGACUUUCAAUAUGGUGUCAUCUCCUUUGACAAUGGGACUGUCAUGCCUUGUGCAGCUUCCCAGGUCCUCUGUUUUGGAGCCAAGAGCUGUUCCUUGUGGGGACUCUGCUUCACAGAUGGCAGGUUUUGUCACUGGCCCUCGGUCAUAAGAGCAACCAGGUGCUGAAUUAGACUAUGUUCCCUAGUUAGAAGGGCAGUAUGCUCAAAUAGCUUUUAAGAAUGAGAGGAAACAAAACCUCAUCAAGGGGCAAAAUGGCCCCAGUGGGGAUUUAGAGCCACUUCCUAUUGGGAUGGUCUGAGGUGUGGAAACACCUUUGGGACACAUUCUUCCAUGGUAGCUCUAGAAGCAAGUUGUGUAUGUGUGAAUAGUGCAUGGUACUGCCCCAGUCUAGGAUCAGCCCCUAGGAAGGCCAUAGGAAAAGCUAAACUUUAAGUUCUAUACUGUAAUAACUUGGAGUGUGAAUGUGUGACAUGAAGCUUAGCAGCAAAGCAUGACUUAAGUAUAGUCGCAUUUUUCUAACAGCUGCUUGAAGUCUAAAGCUUCAGUAUGUAAAUUGAAUCCAGGCCACUUUGUCAUAAUUCAAAUCAGGAUGGUGUUUGGAUUGAAGCUCACACACACUCAUCCAGUAGUUCAGCACAAGGAAUCAGUUUCUCUGGACAGGGAAAAAUUAUGGCACAAUAGGGCUGAAGUGAGUUGUAACAUCUUCUUCCACUUAUUUAUUUUUUGUCCCAGACCCCUGAUGGACUCAUAUUUCCAGACCGUGCUACACUGUACAUCACAGCUAUUGAAGACCGGCAGUACAAAGAUUACAAGAUCCACUGUAAGUAGCAGGCGGCACCACAGUGGUUUGCAGGGAACAAGACCAGGCUCAAGAGCUCCCCUAACAAAGAAGACAAGGCUGACAAGUGCAGGUGUCGGGUGGGUGCCAUAACUGAAGACAAGCUGUAGUUUCUAGCUUGGUUUGGAGCAAGUAUUUCUCUCCGCUUGUAUGGUGGCCCAGCCCAGUGACUUUCAAACAGUCCUCUGGGGAUUGGUAGGUUCUUGAAGAGAAGAUGAAUAAUAGGAAAAAAGCUUCCCCAAAAGGCAGCAAGUUCAAAACUAUGGCUUCCUGGGCCCCAGGAUACAUUUCACAGCAGCAUAGGGGUGUGGGGUAUGUUCUUGGGUCAACCCCUGGUUAUCCAGGGGUGCCACCAGGCCUAUUGGGCCCCAGUUAGCAGUUUGUCUGCGCACCCACUAACUUGUCCUAGAACCUUCUGCAAUGUCCAGGGGUUCUGUGGUGAGAAGCAGGGUGGGAGGUGUUAGAGAGAUGUCUUACAAAAUAGCUCCCUGAAGAUUUAAAGUUUUAAAACUCUUAGACUAGCCAUGGGUGGGGAGUUUGGUCUGUUUCUCGAUGCUGUGCCCCUCUGUGUGGUCGAUUGUCACGGCCUUCCAGGAUCUGACUUCACAUCCAACCUGUGUCUCUUACCGCAGGGUGGGAGAAUGUCUACGGCUUUGACAUGUCCUGCAUCAAAGACGUGGCGAUCAAGGAGCCCCUGGUGGAUGUUGUUGACCCGAAGCAAUUGGUCACCAAUGCUUGCCUCAUCAAGGUACUACUAGCUGAGUGUCACAGCCCCGAGCUAGGGCUAAGCUGCUGGGAGUUUGUGAGAUGCAGGAGUUCCCAGGAAGAGUGCCAAACGCCAGAGUGAGCAGUCUUGCUGCUUUAUUGUAGAUUGGUAUAGGCUUACAGCAAAGCAGUCUGUCAGGUCCCCUUGCCCUUACAGACGUGGGACAGAUGCUACAGCAAGUAGGCUCCACAGCAAGGAGAGGGCUUGUCCUCUGGGAGACUGUCCACACCCAGCCCCAAAUGCAUACAUUCUUUAUACACUAUGGCAGAUGACGUCAGCCACCUGACCAGGGCUGCAGGUAGCAGAUACCCAAGACAAUACAAAGUUCCUCUUCUGGGCUUUUGAGCCCAGCAUCCCAGUUCAUCCAGAUAAGGGCACCAUGAAAGUUAAGCCAAUUAGUGGAUCAAAGCAGGCAUAUACAAACAUACACGAGCUCCUUGAAGGUUCAUUUUGAGUGCCAAGAUGGCAUAAGUACAGCUUCCGGAGUAGUUUGCCUUUGGCACCACACAAUGAGACAUGUUGCCCUUCUGCCCAGGGACCUCCAUGGCUGCUGCUGAGAACCAUGUCUCCUACGAAAGGCAGUUUGUCCACUGGUUAUGCUCUUGUUUCCAGGCCAAUGUGCUUUUCUAGAGGGCAUAAUGCACAGCAAAAGGAACCUGAAGGUUUUGGAUGCUUCACUUCCUCCCUUUAUUGCCUGUGUUGCUGCUGCCUCUUCAAAACUGUUCACGGCUCACUAGAUGGAAUGAAACUCUGGCUUUCAUAACUUCAGAUGGAUAAGCAUGGAGCAAUGGUGAUAUGCGAAACUUUAGGGGAAACAUGGUGCCAGUCCAUGGGGUUUGCAGUCCACACCUGGAUAAGUGGGAGGGUAGAUGUGAGUGUUUAGCUGCGGUGUGUGGCGCUGCAGGCUGUUUUUGCCUGCUGUUGCUGUUGGUAGUUCAGCUUUCCUGCUUGCUCCUUUUUUUGACAGUGCACCUGCACUCACCCUCAUUGUGACACAACUGUUCUGGACUGUAUUACUUUAUUGUUAUUGACUGUUUUAGUUUAUUGUUAUGGAUGUGGAGCAGAUGGCCCACUAAUGGAGUCUGCAGGCAAGAGGUUGCAGCCUUGUUGUUCUGGUGGGAGGAGAUGGAUGGAGAAACAGCUCCACAAAAGGAAUUGACAGCAAAAUGUUGCAGAGCCUGUCUUGGAGGCCAGUGAGAAAGGUCUCUCCUCAGAGGAGUGGGAGAGAAUCUGUCAAACGUCUCACAGCUAGCUUGAAGGCCAGAGCUGACCAAACACAAAUAAACAAUGAGUAAAGUGCAGUCCUCCUGUAAUUCUGUUUUUUGAUGUCUGUAUUUCCGCUUGCUCAAAAUUCCCCAAUAUGAUGGACUUUCCGCUUUGUUUAUAGGUGGCCCUAAUUUGAUUGGCACAGGGGAGUUUGCUUCUUAAAAGGAAUGACUGGCUUUUAAUUUGUAGUGUUGGGUUAGUAAAGGGUGAGAAUUAUUUAGUAUCUUCUUGACCUCAUUUCUUACUGCUUCUCAUGCCUUCUCUUUAUUUUCUUUCUUUCUCUCGUCACCCACGGUUGGCAGGAGGUGGAUAUCUACACGGUGAAGGUGGAAGAUCUUACCUUCACAUCACCCUUCUGCCUCCAAGUGAAGCGCAAUGACUACAUCCAUGCCCUGGUCGCCUAUUUCAACAUAGAGUUCACUCGUUGCCACAAGCGCACUGGAUUCUCCACCAGUAAGGGGAACGACCUUGGCUUGAGGAGUUAGCAGGGGAGCGGGCGGGCUGGUGGUCUGGUUCUGCCUUCCGAGUAUACUUGAAGCAGCAGGGUGGGACUUGGUGGCUGCAUCUUAACGGGCAGUAGAACUUUUGGGUUUCUAACAAUCUGCUUUUAAGAACUAGCUGGUUAACAGACUACUUUUAGCCUGUACUUCUGGGAAGAAUGUGCUGUUGCUGGCAAGCAAGGAGCUCAGUUGAAGCCAGGAGCUAGUAGUUUAUGAAGCUGGGCUUUCCUCCCAGCCUAGAAAUUCUUGUAGCUUUUGCCAAGUGGGAGCUUAUAAAGCACAGUUGGGGGGAAGCUUGAAGGCAAGGAGGAAGGUUCAGUUCUUUUGGAAAAGAAGUACCUGAGCUAAGAGUAGAGCUAAGAGUAAACUAAACCCAAGCAAACGAUAGGGGACACUAUGUGUAGGGCCCAUGUCUCUUUCCCUAUGUCUGUUCUAUCUCCCCACCCUGCACCCUUGCACAUUGUCCUCACAUGGCUGUUGCUCCCCAGGUCCCGAAUCUCCCUACACCCAUUGGAAGCAGACAGUCUUUUACAUGGAGGACUACCUAACAGUGAAGACGGGAGAGGAGAUAUUUGGCACCAUUGGCAUGAAGCCGAACGCCAAGAACAAUGUGAGUCGAGGACUUUGGUUCUUAACCCUAUAUAUGCCCCUGUAAACACCGGCAGCAUCACUUCCUCUAAUGGCAAACAAGGGUGGUGAGCCGAAAACAAAGCCCAAAUGGGGGCCACUGAGAAAUAAGAGGGGGAGAAGUAACUGCGUGUGGGUUUGCAAAAUACUUUAAGGAAACAAAGCAAAAAAUUAUUAGGGAGGGCUGGGGAGGGAGGAAACUCCAGAAACCAGUCCAGUGCAGGCUGAGUAACGAUGGAGUGUGGAGGGUCAGUUGGAAAAAGGGUAACAAAAAAACUUGAGGGUUGGAAGUGGAAUGGUUGGCUGGAGGAGGAGUGUGGCUUGAGCCUGGAUAGGAAAAGGAGCCACUCCAUUUAGGCGGGUGAGGAUUCAUGGCAGUAUUUUGAGGCUGGUCCCACAUAUUCAGUUAAAAAUCAACCCCAGCUGUGUGUGUGUGUGUGUGUGUGUGUGUGUGUGUACAUGUACAUGUGCGCAUCCACGUAUAUAAAUGCAUGCACACACAGGGAAAUGCACCACAUAACUUGUCAAGAGUUGCUUUGUCUUGUUCAUUUGGUAACAGCCACUGUGUUGAGACAAUACCCUUUGUACCACAGGCAGUGACCCAUUUGUGCAGGGGUUCCAUUGCUGGCCCCCAUGUGCAUCGGCGAAGCGUACCCAAGUCCAUCCUGCCCCAUUUUGCCCUAUUCCAGGUCCAAAAUGACCCACGUGUUGGCGGUUGUGCAUCAGUUGAACUUGCGGGAAAUGGCCGCCUCCUGUAAUUGCACACUGUUAAAGAACAGAAAUGUAUUCAGUGAUGCAGAGGUAGUAAGGGAAGGCUCUGGGCCCGCACAAGUUGCAAGCAGACACUUCUGUAUCUUCCUCUUAAGUCCCUGUAUAUAUAGGUACUCUACUCCCCUCCGUGUGUGUGUGUGAGAGAGAGGGGGAUUUCAAGGACUUUAAAAGUGCGUCAAACUGAAGUAACUGGUGAAUUGACUAUAUUUGAUGGGAGACAAUAUGUCCUUAAUCUGGGCCAGCCCUUUAUUACCCCAGCAUUUUUAUGACUCACAAGGAGUGGGUGGCUGCCAAGCCUAGGAAUUCUGUUGCUUCCCGGCAUAAUCCAGCCUGGAAGUUGAUCUCAAUAAAUCUCUUCAUGGGAGCCUCUGCCAGCGGACUUUCUCCCUCCCUCAUUUAUGUGUCUGCCCAUGCUGCUUAAACAGUCUAGCUCCCUCUCCCCAGCCCUGUCUCUUCCUUCUCAACUCAGUUUUAAAUUCCUUCAGUUGCCCAAAGCUCGAAUAAGAUAAACACAAGUGAACGUUUUAGAACUUUGACAAACUAGUGUUUACAAUUUUGAGGAGGCGUUAGUAUUUUGUGUUUAUACUACUACUCAAUGAAUAACAAUAGAUUCUCAGUCAUGGGGAAGAAACACUCAGAGAGCACGUGGCUGAGUCGCCCAUCAUGGGAAGCCUGAGUGAAGGCCUUUUUUAAACAGGUGAGGUGCUUGUGGCCUUAGAGAUGUUGUUUGACUCCAGCUCCCAUCGGUCCUAGUCAGCAUGGCAAAUGGCCAGGUAUUAUGGGAGUUGAAGUCCAGUAACAUCUGGAGGGCUAUAGGUUUCCCACCCCUCAUCCAAAACGAAGCAUUGAUGACGCUUGCUUAAUAUUUGCGCGGCCAUGCUAAAUGCCCUGCUCCUAGUGGGCAUCAUGAAUCAUCGUUCAAAAUGCUUCUCUGGUUGGUCAGGGAGACACACGGAGUAAGCUUGCCCUGAGUUGCUUAGAGCUCUGAAUAAUGAAAGAGGCCUUUAAAUUUGGCCCAGUGGCACAUUGGCAGAAAUGCAGUUCUUCCAUGCCUGGGCCACUCUGGCCAGCUCACCCAGUCCGGGCCAUAGUUGCUCAUUGACUUCAGAAAGUCACAUUCUUCCCAGCCAACUUGGCAUUCAGCCUUUUUGAGGCAUUAGGGCUGGGCGACAUCUGGUUUUCAACACUGAUAUAUCACCAGCUAAACAUCGUGAUAUACUGAUAUAUCACAAUAUCUGAAAUAAGGAUGGAGCUUAGUAGAGACAUUUGCUGGCUUCACGGUUUUCCCCACAUUGUGAUUUUUGCAUAGCACGCGCACACACGCACACGCACGCACACACACACACACACACACAAAAACAUGGUUCGCAAUAUAUUGCCAGGUCAAAAAUUAUGAAAGCGGUAUUACAAUAUGGACUUCAAGCUGGUUUUGGACGAUAAAUCACCCAGCCCUACCAUCCAGUGGCAUCAAGAGACGGGUGCAGUGUUGGAGGGGGGGGGGGACAUGGAGCAAGGAAGUGGCACGCAGGGUUGUCAAGAGGUUCCAAAGCUGGGGCACACAUGUUUUCAAUGUGGUUAUGAGUGUUCCAUUUGUGUGACCUGGUAAACACAUCUGUUGUGGUCGGGGAGCACCCUCAGGUAUCGAGAUGUGGAAAGGAGUUAGCUGCAUUUACAGCACAGUACUUGGGAGGUAAAGAGGGCAAGCCAUUCCCUGGGGGCACGGAGGUGAUGUGAGGUUUGUUCCAAGGGAGUGUAUCUCGGAAAAAACACUUUGUGACAACCACACCCCUUUCCUUUCUCUCCUCCCAUGUGCAGCGAGACCUGGACUUCACCAUCGACCUGGACUUCAAGGGCCAGUUGUGUGAGCUGUCUUGCUCAACGGAUUACCGGAUGCGUUAGCCCAGCCCACCCCUUGCCAGAUUUUUUUUUCUCCUCCUCCUCCAACUGACCUUGCAACCCAGAGCUAACCCUCCCUGUCGUCCUGUUUAAGUUGGUGUCUCACUAAUUCAUUUCAUUGUGUAGUUCCUUGUUGCUGCGACUCUGGGCCAGCAAGGGGAGGGUCAGUAUUAGAGGCUAGGGGGAAAUAGCCAAGACCCCCCCUCAACCCUGUUGCCCCUCAUUUUCAAAUCUUCCUUCCCCACCCGCAACCAACCUCCCCUCCUCCAGGCCAGGAGCCAAGGCUGUUAGCACAACUGAAGACACAGGUGGUUUGUCCAUCCGUCCGUUUGUUCUGAGGCCCGAGUGCCGACAGCAGACUUCCAUCAUGAAUUUCUUUUUUAAAAAUAAUUAUAAUUUUUUUUUUAGUUAAAUCAUUGUUGGUAUCACCUGCCAAACUGUGUUGCCCAGGAUCCUCGUCCCUCCUCUUGCCCUGUUUUCUGGAGUAACUGCUCCUGACAAUAUCCUGCUCCAGUGUAAACGCUGCUCAGUUUUUUGAAGGGUACACACUUCUAUCCAGUGCCCAAAUGGGGGUGGGGGAGGGGGUUCCCAACAGGUUUUUAUCAAGAGGGCACGUGGAGGGGUGUGGGUGGAAAAGGCAUCUCCAUUUUGUGAGUGUUAAGUUUUUCCCCCCACUGACGGUUUUGUACUUCCCCCCCUCUUAACAAUUCCCUGUUCGGAUCUGUGGGAGGGAGUUGUGUGGGGUUUUUCUUUUUCUUUUUUAAAUCCCUUGCCCCUUCGAAAGCUGACAUCGUGUGACUGUUUCAUAACUUAUGGUUUUUAUAUGGUUACAUUCAUGAGGGAAAAAAUAAUAAUAAAGAAGUUGAAACCACCUCUUUUACUCAAA